AUGCGCUUCGUCCCGUCCCUUGCAAUCAACUUGUCGCCGAGGACACGCGCGUUUUCCAGCUCGUCUGCACGACAGUCGCACCUUGUAGUGAUCAACGCCGGUAGCUCCUCGCUCAAGUACUCGCUGUUCGGUCUCAAGGCCGACGGCGUGGAUGCCGCCGUGUUCACGGGCCUCGUGGAGCUGUCCACCGCCAACAGCAGACACGGCCGAAUCGUGCACAAGGCGCUGACAAGCGGCGAGAAAGAGGAGAUUGAGAUGCCGCUGGACACGCACCGCACGGCGCUCGAGACGGUCGUGGACAAGUUCUUUGGCUCGGACCUCAGCAGUAUCAAGGCUGUUGGCCACCGCGUGGUACACGGCGGGGAAGCUUUCAGUCGCGCCUCUCUCGUAGACGAUCGGGUGAUUGACGCUAUUAAGCAGAACACAAAGUUGGCCCCGCUCCACAACCCGGGCAAUCUCCUGGGCAUUGAGGUGGCGACGGAGGUCUUUGGUCCGUGCCCGCAAGUUGUGGUGUUCGACACGGCCUUCCACGCGACAAUGCCGCCAAAGGCCUAUACUUAUGGUCUCCCGAUGAAGCUCUAUGAGGACUUUGGCGUGCGUCGCUAUGGAUUUCAUGGGACAAGCCACCAGUAUGUCACCAAGAAGGCGGCAGCCCUUCUUGGCAAAGCAGUUGAAGAGUGCAACUUUAUCACGUGCCACUUGGGCAAUGGGUCAAGUAUUGCUGCAAUUCGAAACGGUCAGUGUAUCGACACGAGCAUGGGCAUGACCCCUCUCGAAGGUCUUGUCAUGGGUACUCGCUGCGGUGACGUUGAUCCUGCUCUGCACGCUUUUCUCUGCAAGGAGCUCGACAUGACCAUCCAGGAGGUCAACACGAUGCUCAACAAGAAGAGCGGGUUGCUCGGCAUCUGCGGCGAAAGUGACAUCCGUGCCAUUCAAGACCGCGUGCGUAUCGGCAGUGACCAGGCUGCUUCUCUAGCGCUAGAUGUGUUCGCUCAUCGUGUGCGUAAGUUUGUUGGCGCCUACGCACUUGAACUUGGUGGUGAUGUCGACGCUCUCAUCUUUACAGCUGGCAUUGGUGAAAACUCGGCUUCGAUCCGUGAGCGCGUGUGUCACGAUCUGGGGUUCCUCGGCAUCGAAAUUAACGGGGCUAAAAAUGCCGCGUCGACGAUGGGUUCAGGUCCCGUUGAGAUCCAGGCUGACAACGCGAAAACCAAGGUGAUGGUUGUCAACACGGACGAAGAGCGUAGCAUCGCUGAACAGACGUACGAGAUUACAUUGGAGCAGUUCGAUGCGCUUGCCAACUGA